AAUUUUUUUUACUAUUUAUUUUGCGCAGGUAUUAAAUAAAUAAGAAGUUUUUUUAACAUUAUAAUAAGUGAAUAAAGUAAACAAAAGAAGCAAACAAAUUAUAAGAAAAGUAAAAAUAAUUAAAGAAAAGUCAACAACUAACAUAAAUUCUCUUUGAAUAUGAGAGACUGCUUUCCUAAAAAAAAUCAAAUCUAGGUCAAGUAAGACUUGAUUACAAAUGCUUCAAAGAUAUGUAAAUACAAUGCCAUAAAUAGCAAAAGAAGUCACAGAAGUAUUUAGGUUAUUAAGACUUAUGGUUAAGUGCUUUCAGAUUCAACUAAAAUAAAAAAGCUGCCUCGCUAUUGUACUUUUAAAUAGUUAUACAUUAGUAACUAAAAUUUCAAAAGCAAAGAAGAGGUAUUAAAUACAUUAACUCAUUAUGCUUGCACAGUAAUUAGACCUGAGUUCGAUAGAAUGUUUAUAGAUGUAUAAAAUUCAAAUAUACCUAUAAAAAAGUAAUAUCAACAAAAUGUUAAUAAUUAGCUACCAUCAGAUUAAAAUUCUGAAAAAUCAUAAACUGAAUAUAACAGAAACUUAGUAACUUCAGUGUCAUCUAAUAAUACUUCAACAAAAAAUCUAUUUUAAAAAGAGAAUUUAACUAUUCAAAUUUAAAAAAUAACACAUUAGAAAGAUAAAUACAUAAUACAAUAGAAUGGUUACUAACUAAAAUAGUAAGACAACAUUAAAAAUGAAUACAUUGAAUCUAAUGAUGAUUAUUCUCAUUUAAACGUAGAUGUUGCUGAUAAGAAUGUUUUGUCAAACUAAAAAUAUUUAAACUUGAAAUAAUUUCCUUUUUUAAAAAAUAAUGAAAUUACUGAUUAUGAUAAAGAGGCUGUGUCAAUUUGUUAAAGAAUAUACUCAGUAAUUCAAGAUAUUGGUAGCUAAUUCACAGAGAGUAUACGCAAACAUGAUUAUAAUUAUAUCUAGCUGAAAAUUAGACCAGAAUCAGAAAAAUAUUUUACAGCUAGUAUUAUUAACAUUUUUUAAUCUUUUACUAAAAAACACCGUGCACCUUACAAAAUGAAUUCUAAAGAAUAAACAAAAAAAUAAAUACCAACACUAUCUCCUUCCAAUAACUCAGAACCCUUCAACUCACCAAUCGAAAUAUAAAACCUUUAUUUAAAUAACGAAGCAAACUAGUAACUUAAUGAUAAAGCUGCUAAUAUCGACAUUUAAACUGAUGAAAACUCCUCAUCAAGUAAUUAAAAUAUUAAAAAUAAAAAGACAGUGAAAAAGUAAUAAAUGAGACAGUCUAAAUUUCAUAAUUUGAAAAAAUCUUUUAUGCAUGCUCUCAUCUUACUUUUCUAACAAGAUAUUUUAAACUGCCUCGAGAUUCCUGACAAUCAUGGCUACUUCCUAUAGCAAGUCGUAAACAGGAUGCGUAUGUUUUCUACUAAAACAAGGUCCGACAGUGGAUAAUAUGAAUACUACUCUCAUACACAUUAUACAGCUCUCUUAUUAAAAUUAAAUGAAUAUUCUUUACCUCUAAUAACUUAAAAUGAAUUAGAUCUAUAACUACAUAAAGCAAUGUACUAGGAAGAUCUAACUUAAUCAACAGGAACAGACUUUGCUUCUAUUAAAUGCAAUUAUUAUAAAUCUCUUAUCUUCAAAAUCAUUGAAAUGUCAAUUAAUAUUAUCGAAAAUCAAAACCAUUUAUUAUCAAACAUUGAAUGCGAAAAAAAAUCAGUUUGCAGAUUUGACUACAUUCUCAGAGUAAAAAGCGGAAUAGAAAAACUAAGCUAAGGGAUAUAAGUCACUAGAUUUUGA